GCCCUGAUAGGGGAGCGGAGGUGGCGGCGGUGGCAGCGGCUGCCUUGGUUGUCUUCCAGUCUCCGCAGCUCGCCCUCUAGCCGGAACCUCUCCCCUUCCCUCCCCCUUCCUUUCUUCCUUCCUUCCCUCCCCUUCCCUUCUUCCCUUCCCCGGCGGUGACCGGCGCUCGCGGCGCCAGCAACGGCUGGGCCUAAGCCGUGAAGAGGCCGCAGCCUUCGAUAACGGCGACGGCGAAACCGCGGAGCUCGCAGGGCGUGGGGCAGGCCCGGGCCGCGGAGAUGGAGAAUUCUCAGCUGUGCAAGCUGUUCAUCGGCGGUCUCAACGUGCAGACGAGUGAGUCGGGCCUGCGCGGCCACUUUGAGGCCUUCGGGACUCUGACGGACUGCGUGGUGGUGGUGAACCCCCAGACCAAGCGCUCCCGCUGCUUCGGCUUCGUGACCUACUCCAAUGUGGAGGAGGCCGACGCCGCCAUGGCCGCCUCGCCCCACGCCGUGGACGGCAACACGGUGGAGCUGAAGCGGGCGGUGUCCCGGGAGGAUUCGGCGCGGCCCGGCGCCCACGCCAAGGUGAAGAAGCUCUUUGUCGGAGGCCUGAAGGGAGACGUGGCCGAGGGCGACCUGAUCGAGCACUUCUCGCAGUUCGGCACCGUGGAGAAGGCCGAGAUCAUCGCCGACAAGCAGUCGGGCAAGAAGCGCGGCUUCGGCUUCGUGUAUUUCCAGAAUCACGACGCGGCCGACAAGGCCGCGGUGGUCAAGUUCCACCCGAUCCAGGGCCACCGCGUGGAGGUGAAGAAGGCCGUCCCCAAGGAGGAUAUCCACUCGGGCGGCGGCGGCGGCUCGCGGUCCUCGCGGGGCGGCCGGGGUGGCCGAGGUCGCGGCGGCGGCCGAGACCAGAACGGCCUUUCCAAGGGCGGCAGCAGCUGGGGCGGCCGCAGUAACAGUGGACCUUACAGAGGCGGCUAUGGCGGCGGGGGUGGCUAUGGCGGCAGCUCCUUUUAAGAAAGGAAAUCGAGCAAAUGCCUGCGAGUGGCCAUUGGGGGUAGAUCUUUCAACACCCCAAGUGGGGUCAGUCCCUCCUUGCCUCUCCCACCGCCUUUCCCACUUUGCCCUUGAGGGAGCCGCUCGGGCUGGCUUCCCCUUGGGGGUGUCGUCCCCCACUGCCUGCCACCCCUCCGGAGAUGGACUCGGCCCCACUUACACAUUUUUGUGUUACAGUCAUUGAUGGACUCUAUUUUUUUAUUAUUACUUGGACCUUGGUCGUUUUUAUACUAGCAAAAUGUCUUGUUUUGAUUUGUGUUUUUUUUUGGGGGGGGGAGGGCGUGAACUUGCUGAUUCUGUAGCAAAA